AUGGAUGCCACUCAUACCAUGUUUUGUAACAAUGAUAUUGUUAACCCUCUAAGCUCCAUGGGAAUGCAAGUUUCAUGCAUUCUUGUUGUAUCACAUUUCUUCAAUGUCCUCCUUAGAAGUUUGGGUCAACCUGGUCCCAUUGCACAAAUUCUGGCUGGGUUGAUAUUAGGACCAAUGUCACAUAUACCAUAUAUAAAAAAUACAUUCUUCCCACCAAGUUCAAUAAACUACUAUGAAAUUGUUGGCUUCUUCUGUCGCAUACACUUCAUGUUCUUAUUCGGUUUAGAGACAAACCUUCAAUACACAUUGCGCAAUCUACGUUUGGUUACAUUGGUAGCAUGUGGUGGUGCCCUAGUUGGUGCAGUUUUCGGUCUAUCAGUCUCAUUUUAUUUAUACCAAAACCUAAAUCUAAAUCUCGACAUUUACUAUUUCUGCAUGGUCAUCAUGCUAAUGGUAUCAUACACGAGCUCCCCGAUGGUGAUCCGUUUAUCGGCCGAGUUACGUUUUGCAGCGUCUAAUAUCGGGCGAAUAGCAGUGUCCUCCGCAUUGAUAACCGAAAUGGGCUGCUUGAUAUUCUUUGACGUAGUGGUUUGUUGGAAAAAACCUAACCACAUUUCCAAUGGUUUUCUAUGUACUAUCACUGUAUCUUUUGUGAUUCUGAUUAACAAAUACUUAGCCGUAUGGUUAAACUCGAGAAACCGUUACCAAAAACACCUAAAAGCAGCUGAGUUAUUACUCAUACUUUUUGUUCUUCUAACAAGCUCAAUGGUUAUAGAAAUCUUGGGUUACAAUAGUAUUAUUAGUUGUUUUAUUAUUGGAUUGUUGUUUCCUAAAGAAGGUAAAACAGCUAGGACUUUGAUAUAUAAACUUGGUUAUUCAAUUUAUAAUUUUGUUCUUCCUAUUUAUUUUGGGUAUAUGGGUUUACAAUGUGACCUCAUACAAGUGUUUAGAAGCUUGAAUAAAACAACAGAUACUGCAAUAUUGAUUUUGUUGUGCAUUGGAAGCAAACUUGGUGGCACACUUUUGGUUUGUAGAUACCUUCAUAUUCCUACAAGUGAAGGAAUUUUCAUUGGCUUCAUAUUGAAUACUAGAGGUUAUGCUGAUUUGUUGUUCAUUGCUGCUGUAGCAAAACAUGCCGUCGAUCUCGACCUAGAGGCUUACAAUAUGUUGAUAGUAUCGAUAAUAUUGAACACAGUUAUAUCAGGAAUAGUUGUGGCGUUUCUAGCAAAAGGGGAAGCGAAAAUGUUUUCGAACAACCAUACUACAGUUGAGCCUCAACAAAUGGAAGACGAGCUUCGAAUUUUGGCUUGUGUAUAUGAUCCUCGACAAGUAUCCGCGGUACUCGCCACAAUACUAGCCAUGCAUGGAUCAAGAACAUCGCCUUCCACGACUUAUUUAAUGCAUUUGAUAGAACUCGUGAAGAAAAUCAAGUCGAAUUUGUUGUACCAUGAAAAGGAAAACGGAAGCCUCAGCGAUGACGAAGAAGCCUAUGGUGGAAAUGAUGUGGUGGACAUUAAUAAUGCCUUAGAUGCAUUCACUUUAGACACAAAGAUUUUGAUUCACCAAAAAAAGACGGUAUCUUGUUUCCCAAGUAUGUAUGAAGAUGUUUGCAACGAAGCGGAAGAUCUUAAAGUGACAAUAAUUUUAAUUCCUUUUCACAAACACGAGCGCAUUGAUGGAAAACUCGAAAGUGGCAAAGAAAGUAUAGUAGUUACUAAUCAGAAGAUUCUCAGACACGCGCCUUGUUCGGUUGGAGUAAUCAUUGAAAGAGGACUUACUAAGACAUUUGGUUUCUCGGAACUAAUUGAGUCCGAAGCCACACAAAAUGUUGCAACACUUUUCUUCGGGGGACCAGAUGACCGCGAGGCGAUUGCUUGGAGCCUAAGAAUCUCCAAAUGCCCUCAUAUUAACUUGACGAUUAUUAGAUUUUUGCCGGCUUCAUCACAAAAUGAACAAAUUAAUGAAAACGGAGUACAAUCCGAUGGAAAGGAGAUUCUAAUGUCAUUGUCGGGGGAAGAGAGUGAGAACGACGAGAUUGACAAUACGUUUAUGGUUGAUUUCUAUAAUCGGCAUGUGACAUUAGGCCAAAUUGGAUACGUGGAAAAUUUUGUGAAGGAUGGAAAGCAAACAUUGGAAUGUUUGAAAGAUGUUGGAGACAUGUACUCUUUGUUUGUGGUUGGAAAAGGUGGUAGGAGAAAUAAUUCAUUAACAAUAGGUAUGAGUGAUUGGGAGGAGUGUCCUGAACUUGGAACAGUUGGUGAUGUGUUGGCUUCUUCAGAUUUUGAUAUUCAUGGAUCUGUUUUGGUUAUUCAACAACAUAGAGAUGCUAAGAAAGGUUUAAUACAUUAUUAG